CAUAUUUACUCGUAGCAACCCUGAUUCCACCAUCGGUUCACCCGCUGGCGAUAGUCGAGGAAAAAUACCUGAGGAUGGAGGGCCUUCGCUGCGAACGUUUUAUCUCAAAAAAUAAAACGUUCGUUGAAAUAUUUUUCGUGCUCAGUGGAUUUAUUUGUUCAAUCAAUUUGUUCGACAUUUUUUAAUCGACGUCGCUUUUGGGUGAGUAGUAAAAAAAAGAAAACGGAAAAGAUGGUGAUAGUGGUGGAAAUCGAGGACCGGAGUAUUCGAAAGCCCUUUCUCGGGGGUUGGAGGGACGUUAGAAAUCAGACGGAGUACCACAACGCGGCAACUCAGACCCGCCCCCGGGAUCCUCGGGUCCCCUGGGAUUCCCUGAUAACGCGAGACACGCAGACGACUGUAUUGGUGGAUAGAGUAACCGAAAUUCCGCAUGAAAAAGCCAGUCAAACUUUUGAGAAUGGAAUUUACGUGCCUAGUGCUUCUGACAAGUAUUUAUCGCCCGGAAAGUUUGAGUCGAAAAUCCGGAAAAACGUAUUUCAAGAUGGAGCAGCUCGACGUCGUUACCUCGAGGCGUUUGCUGUGAAAAUACAAAAGUUUUACAGGGCGUAUCGCACACGGUCGAUGAUACGACAUUUCGCGGCGAUAUUUAGAAACCUCGUGAAGACCAACGCGAGCUUCUACCGAGCGUUCCAAGAGCAGCACGGAAACAGAAGGCAGCUUCAGAUAAUAAAAUCGACCAGUCCGAAAACUCGUGAUGAUUUUGAGAUGCUGUACAACCUCGUCGACCGAUGGAGAACCGGGGAAACCGAAAGGGCCAAUAAAACGUUCAUGAAAUGCUCUAAGAUGGCGGCGCACGCUCUGAUACUUCAAAAAGAAAUCGAACUCCUCCGUGCGAUAGACAGGAUAAAAACCGAGGUGAAAAAAGUUCAGGCGGAAAAGCGCAACUUGGAUUUUCUGAACCGUCGGGCGAAACCGAUCACCUGGACCGGGUACAGGGGGUGUACGGUUUCCAUGGAAACGCUGAGAGUCCAAAAAGCUAAGGAGCAUAAAAAAUUAUACGAAUCUCUCUCGCGGUCGGACAUGCCCCCGGAAGAAAGGCUGAAUUUGUUGACGGGAAUUCGUGAAUUUUUGAAAAAUCAUCGCUGCGAAACCGUCCUCGAAAUAUCUUACCUGAUCGACCAAGAGCUGUGUUUACUUUUCCGAAAAAUUCACGAGGGAAUGUUGGACCAGUUGAGGAAUCGUUUGAAAUUCGCGUUUCUUUAUUUGAUAAAAAACGAAAGAUACUGCGGAGUCAAGUGCCAAGACCCUUUCGAUCGUCGGUGCGAAGGCGACGACGUGAUUUCGAACGACAAUCAUUCGACGAAUCUUUUAGAAGGUUCGGAAUCGAUAACCAGACUCUGCGGUAAAUGCGGUAAAUUAUUGCCCAUUAGAAAAUUCGGAAUAAAUAGACACCAGAGGAUAUCCACCUGCUUGAAUUGCGACGCGAACAGAUCACAGAGAUCUUCUAUUCGUCCGGUGAACGAACCUUACGAAGAAAUGUUACGAAGAGUUCGGAGGCACGAGGCGAGUCGUAAGGCCUUUGAGAGCGUGGCUUUCAUCAUCGGCCCCAAGGGUAUCAGGCAUUUGGUGGACGUUAUUUGGCACGGAAAAUCAGGUAUUUCCGAAUGCUCGGAUCUCCACCAACUAGCCCUCGUACGUUUUCACAGAGACGCCGUUUGGGCGCCCUGGAACACCUUGGUUCUGACGAAACGGGAAGCGAACGUCCACUCGAACCUCGACGACCUCGGUCACGUGUACAGUAAAAAUUUGCUCCAAAAAUUCACGCAAAAGAAUUUGCAAGCCAGACUGACCUUCGAGUCUCUGGACAUAUUCGGAGGGGGCGAAACCCUCGACGAUUUUUAGAGAAAUUGAAAACCAGAAAAAAUCGGAUGAAGAAUGGGGAAGAUCCGUAAUCGGUCGAAAAAUUUAUUCGAGGAUUGAAUAAAGCCCGGUAAAAUGGAAGGGAAUGAAAAUUACCACGGUUAUUUAUCGGGCUCAUGUACGAGGCGAACGUAUGUGUACGUGCAAACGAAAAGAGAAAAAAGGAAUCCGAGUCAAACUAAUUCGGAAUAAAAUUGUGUGCCGAAAAUAUCACCUUAUCCAAACAAAGUUACUUGGUGGAAAACAGCUGGAACUAACUGCCCGCUAAAACGGUUAAACGAACGAACAAAAGGCUCCUCCUCAAUGAACGCGUUUUCUCUUACCCUCAUCCCUUUCAUUUUUAUAUACCUUUACUCCGCUAACGUUCCUAUAUAUACAUCGGUACAUAGAUAUUUCUCUCCGCAAGCCAGCUUUACUUUCUCCCCUCCAAAAAAUUUAUCCCAACAAUUUUUCCAAUCAAUUUACACCCUCGGUCGAGGCGAGAUGAUUAAUCGAUGGUGUGAAUCGAUUAUCUGAUCUAUGUAUCUACCUUGAUUUUUUUUUUUUUUUUUUAUUUCUGCACGUUUCACGCGUUCUUUCGUUCCUUUUUUUUUUUUUUUCUAUUCCUUCUUUUUCUCCAUCAAAAAUCAUCGAUCGAAAUCGCGUGUCGUUUAUACUUAAUGAUGAUCGUAGCUGCCUCUGAGGUGGAAAUAUAUAAUUGAGAUUUAUCGCUAAUACGAAAUUUCGGGGAUUAACUUCUGCACCCAAUUUUACCUCCGCGUUAGGAUUAUUACCAUCAUACCGCCUGAGCGCACAAAUUUUUCCGUUUUUUUUUUUUUUUCAACUUUUCCUUCUCCUUUUUUUUUCGUUCCCAUAAUUUAUCACCCGACAUGGAUUGUGGGAAACGAUAACCCUGCAUUGACGCAACGAGAAAAAAAAAAUAAAUGCAGCCUUGAAUUAUUCUUCGAAUCCAAUCAUUUUGUUUUUCUCUUCGUCUUCAACUUCCGAAUUACUUUCUCAUGUACUUAUUAACGUUCAGUUAUUUUUGUCUUUCCUUUAUUUCACUUGCUUCACUUUUUCUAAGUUUCGAAGUUUCGUUGUUCGACCUUUUGUUCCCUGGGCAGAUUCGAGCUUCGCGGUUUCUUUCUGAUCUCCGAAUACAUACUAACCAUGUACAUGAGAGCGUACUGUAUGUACACAUAGUACGGUCGGAAACGUGUCUCUUGGGUGAGAUUUGAAAUGAAAUUUUUAUUCGAAAAAAAAAAAACAACAAACAAAAAAACAAACAAAAUACCAAAAAAAAAACGACGUGAAAAAAAGCUUAGACAAACUUGAACUCUCAGAAGACUGCUGCGCGUGGUUUGAUUCACCGGUGAAAAAUUCUGUACCGCGCGAUGCACAUCUAGAGUAACUCGCGGGAUCUUGGAAGUUCUCAUUCUCCAACUAUGGUAUACGUACCGUACAUAAUAUUAAAAAUAUACCUGUACAGAUGAGAAAAAGAAAAAAUCGAAUGUAUAUGUACAUAUAACUUUAUGAAAGAGAAAGAAUAAACUUUGACAAAGUGGCUCACCUAAGAGAUUAGAAAAUUUAACAAUAAAAAGACU